CCGUAGGGUGGCCAAGAAGUUUAAAAUCAAGAAUCAGCAAAUUGAUCCAGGAAAAAGAAACCAUUAGAUUGGAAUCAUUCCAGCCGGACCUAGCUUUCUAAAGUGGGUCUUAAUGAACACUAUCGCGCCCAGCCUUAUUCGCGCUUCACGGCUCGCCCACGAUGUCAAAGCCAACCACAGAAGUAGGAGAAGAAAGGGCGCAGACGGGGGAGACGUUUGGAGUGCCGUGGCCCGAUCUCAACGACGGCUUAACCUACACCGAUACAGUCCGACCCUCCAAUGCUGCUUCCACUAUGAUAGAAUUUUACUCCACUAAGUACAAGAACUCAGCCCCCCUUCAAGGUUGGUUGCAGAGGAUCCGGAAUGGUCAGAUAACUGUUGAUGGUGAAGUUGUUAAAGAUCCUCACACAAUUCUCAGAGCGGGUUCCGAAUUAAUGUAUCACCGCCUUCCUUGGAAAGAGCCUGAUGCACCGUACCUACUCGAAAUUCUAUACGAAGAUGAUGAUCUGGUUGCUUUCAAUAAGCCUUCCGGUCUCCAAGUUCUACCUGGUGGUCUUUUCCAGCAGCGGACUGUUUUAACCCAACUUCAAUGGAGAGAAUGCCAGGGAAUUUCUACUUCGUUGGGGCUUUCUACAAACCCGGGUGCUCAACAACAACAUCCAGUUCCUGUUCAUCGCCUGGGAAGGGGAACGUCAGGAAUAUUACUUUGUGCUAAGUCAAAGCUUGCCAAAAGUCGCCUUGCUGCAUAUUUUGCAGAAGGCACAUCAGUUGUUGGAGACAACAGAAAAUCCAAUAUGGAUCUUGGUGGAGUGAGAAGAAUUUCUAAGGUGUAUCGAGCAUUGGCCUCAGGAAUAAUUGACAAGGAUGAGGUUAUAAUCAAGCAGCCAAUUGGAAUCAUGCGAUAUCAAGGGGUAGCAAAUGGGCUUUAUGUGGCUUCUUCAUCAGUAGGGAAACCAGCAUUGAGCAAAGUUGAUGUUCUGGAGAGAGAUAUACCAGGCAACUGCACAUUGGUCCAGGUUGAGAUUCAGUCAGGACGACCACACCAAAUUCGCAUUCAUCUUUCAUUCAUAGGACAUCCACUUUUAGGGGAUCCCCUUUAUGUUACUGGUGGCCAUCCAAAAUGCUUCAACUCAGAAUCAGGAGAAAAUGAUUUUGCCCAAGAUGGAGGUUAUCAGCGGCCUAUCAAUCCUGUUCCUGGAGACUGUGGCUACUAUUUGCAUGCCCAUCAUCUGGUUCUUCAUCAUCCAACCAUGAAGAAGGUUAUUGAAAUUAUUGCACCUCUCCCACAUGUCUUGCAAACGCAAAAAGAAGCCAGUCAGGAGCAUUGUGCUCAGAUUACGGGAGUUGCAUCUGUUAGCUGAAAAGCAAAUGAUGGCAAUGAUCUCUUACACCCUGGAAGAGGGUUUUUUUCCCCAUAUAGCAAACUCAUUCCAGAAUGGGAGAAGUGAUCAUACAUGACCAAAAAAAAGUUUAUCGCAAUCGGUAUUUGAUGUCUUUUUUUUUGUCAUUAGCAGGAAAGAGUGGUCAUUUGACUAAAAACAUGAAUGUCGGUGUACUUAUAAACAUAAGAAAGAAAAAAAUAUGAUAAAUUCUGAUCUUUUCUC